GGUCUCACACCUAUUGGAGGGUAAUUGGACUUCAGGGUUUGCAACAACGUGAGACGUGUAAUUAGCUUGUAGCUGGGUAUGAGCGGUGUUCCCCCUUCAGUAAACCUAAUCUCUAACUAACCAGUCACUGCAUCUCCUCCUCCUCCUCCUCUCUCCGCCAUGCCGUUGUCGGCCACUCUCUCUCCUCCCUCUCUCUCUUACUUCCCCCAAACACAACACCACCAACCACAACUCCAUCUCCUUCACACUCUCCAUCCCCAUCUCAAACCCAAAACACUCACCCUUCAAUUUCAAUCCCCCCAAGCCUCAAGACGAUCCCCUAAUUACCCUCAGGGCGGCGGUGCCGAUAAUCUCGCCGACGACCCCCGCAGUUGGGGCCGUUCGAUCAAUUCCGAAGUCGAUCGGCGCUACGAUUUUGAAGACGACGACGAAGACGAUGAAGAUGACGAGGACGACGAAGAAGAAGACCGGAGUUUGGAUUUGUUGGUGAGGUUUGUUCAGAAUGUGUUCAAAAAGGUGUCCAGGCGUGCGAGGAGGGCCGUCCGAUCAGUUCUCCCCGUCUCAAUUCCCACCAAGUUGGUGGGAUUUUCUGUUAAUGGGGUGCUAAUGCUAGCAUUCUUGUGGGUCUUGAAGGCAUUUCUUGAGGUAGUAGUUUGCACCCUUGGAAGUCUGGUGUUCGUAAGCAUCUUACUCAUUCGUGGGAUAUGGACUGGAGUAGCCUAUUAUCAAGAUAACCGCAAUCAGAAACCCCGCAAUUUUGAAGAUGACAACCGUCCAUGGGCGGGCGCACAGCCCGCAACCUGAUACUACCAUUCAGAGGAGAGAUCUGCUGAAUUAUAAUUUCACACCAGAUAGGAGUACACAAUAAAGGAGGAACACUUGAGAAAUCAAGGAUGAUGGGAAGAUGGCAUUAAAAUGUGUUUGAGCGUAAUCAUUGUUCUGGCCUUCAUGGAGUUUUAAAUAUGAUGCAACUUCCUGCCUUAAUAGAUAAACAAAGGUUUGUUAUUGUACACAGGUAUUCUGUCAAAAUUUCGUCAAUGAGAUUUGAACUUAGGAGUCGGGAGAACUUCCGAUCAA